AUGAAGUCGCGAAACGUCUUUCUCGGCCACCUAUUUCUGCAGUCGGUGCAAGCCGCAACGCUGAGGGCCCUCGAUUCAAGCACUCCAACCAUUACCUGGAGCCAGUGCAAUUUGGACAUUGGCAACGAAAUAUGGAACAGACUUCAGAAAGCUUACGACUGUGCCAAAUUCUCGGUGCCCCUCGAUUACACCAAUGAAGACAGCUCCCGACCCCUCGUGCUCGACUUAAUAAAGGUGAAUGCGACUAAACACCCACGUAAAGGCAGUGUUUUCUACAAUCCCGGUGGUCCAGGUUCUUCCGGUGUGUCUUCUGUUAUUGACUCGCGUGGCCGGCUUGUAGAUGUCCUUGGUGGACACUACGAUGUCAUCAGUUUUGAUCCACGUGGCUCUGGCCAGACAUUGACUGCUACAUGCGGCGGUUACUUCGACAGCUCUCUUUCUACCUUAUCGCCCCAGCAAAUACUCUACGAGGGUGAUGAUACAGUGAAUGAUGUUGACUGGAAACGGAUCAAGUGCGACGCCUGGCGGAAUGCAGGUGAACUCGCCGAUGCUUGUUACAAAGACCAUGCAGAUACUGGGCGCUUUUACGGCACGCCGUUUGUCGCCAGGGAUAUCGUCAAGAUUGCUGACGCCCUCGGAGAAGGCAACCAGAUCAACUACUGGGGAUCCUCAUACGGAACUGUCCUAGGCCAAGUUCUGGCGGCUAUGUUUCCCAACCGUAUCGGCCGCAUGCUUCUCGAUAGCAACCUUCUUGCAGAUGAAUACUUUACCGGCACCUGGAAGAGUGGCACCAAAGAUGCUGAGAAAGCUAUCCUGCACUUUUUCGACGAAUGUAUUGCAGCUGGACCCCAGUCUUGUUCUCUAGCGGCCAACUAUUCUACAAAAGCGAGUCUCCUCAAGGCUUACAGCGAAGCACAGAUGUUGUAUCGUUUCGAUGACACUCUCAGCACGACAGGGAGGCCGAACUCGAAAGCGAACCAGAUAAAAGGUGCUCUGGAAGGUAAUGAGGCAGUUGCAUUCCUCCCCUUUUCCUCCUAUGACGAUAUAGAUUCGAACGGUGCCUCUGCUUUAUACAUGAUCGCAUGUGGCGAUGCGUCUUUCCGCCCCAAUACUCCUGACGACCUUUUCUCCAUCUAUCAGGCAAAUCUGGAUCAAGGUCCUUUUGGCGAUACGGCAGCGUUGGACAGGUUCCAAUGUGCUCGGUGGAAGUUCCAAGCGGCUGAACAAAUCGAUGCCAAUAGCCUUCGUCGAAUAGAUACGAAGAACCCUGUUCUCAUCGUCAACGGUAUCUACGAUCCUAUUACUCCUUUAAUCUCGGCUUGGGAGGUUUCUUCCAGGUUUCCAGGAAGUCGGGUCGUCGUUCACGAAGGUGUUGGACAUUCAUUUACCACUCAUCCCUCCAACUGCACUGAUGAUAUUGUGGCCAGAUACUUCAACAGCGGAUCGAUGCCUAAGGUAGAUACCACGUGCAAGCCCAAUCUCUCUGCGUUCGAGUAUAUCAAGCUGCUGAGAGGCUAUCGCCGAGACGACGACCUGGACUGA